CUUGGCGCCUUAUUAUGUUUGGUACGUUGGUGAUUUUGGUUUUCCCCCCAAGUCAGUUACCUGCCAAGGGUAAUUCGCAAGCUUACUUUAAGAAAGUUGUUUUGAAUAUUUUCCAAAUUCCAGUGUGUGCCUACAAAAUUAAAUCAUGGGUAAACGAAAAAAUCAAGCGUUAAUAGACAGUGACUCAAGCGAUAACUCAGGAAGCGACCUAGAUGACUCUGAAAUCCAAAAGCUCUCCAAGAAGAAGAGCAAGAAGAAACGUUCACCAAGAUCCUCCUCAGAAUCUGAUUCGGGUUCUGAUAGUGAGACCUCAUCGAAGAACAACAAAAAGAAGCCGAAACGUGACUCGAUAUCGUCCGAUUCCGACUCGCACAAUGGCAAACGAGCGGAGGCCGCCAGGAACUCCGAGCCCGAGGAGGGCGAAGUGUCAGACUCCGACUCAGAUUCCGAGGAGGAGUUCAAUGAUGGAUAUGAUGAUCAGCUUAUGGGUGAUGAGGAGGAUCGAGCCAGGUUAGCCAGUCUCACUGAAAAGGAGCGAGAAACAGAAAUUUUCAAGCGUAUCGAAAACAGAGAAAUGUUGAAAAAAAGAUUCGAGAUCGAAAAGAAGCUGAGACAGGCGAGGAAAGCGGAACGUGCCAAAGAGAAGCCGUUCGCCAAACCCAAAGACAGGGACAAGGAACGGGACAAGGAGAAGGAUCGCGAUCAGAACAGGCUGCAGAAUGACUACAGUUCCAUCGACCACAAGGAACGUAGCAAGGAACGUAAGAAGAACAUCGAGGAGAACAGAGGCAAGGUGGACAAGCGUGUGAACGCCAUGGCCGAGUUGAAGGCGAGACGUGAGGGCAAACAGAAGCGUGAGGAGGCCGAGGAGAAGCGGAAGGAGGAGCAGGAGAAGAAGAAAAAGAAGGAGGAGGAGGAGAUGACGAACAAGAGCAACAAGCUGAAGGCCUCCGAUAUUUACUCGGACGACGACUCGUCCAGUUCCAGUGAAGACGAAGGCAAACGUUCGCCGCAGCCGAAGCAGUCGGCCACCGCCUCCGUGCGUUCCCGCUCCAGGUCCCGAUCGUCGUCGAGCUCGAGCUCAAGCGAGGCCGAGCCGGAGGCGGAAGUGCCCGAGCCCGCCUACACACCCCAACGCCAGGACCUCAACCAGAUCCGUCUGUCGCGCCACAAGUUGGAGCGUUUCGUCCACAUGCCCAACUUCGACAAAAUAGCCAAGGGGUGUUUCGUAAAGAUAGGCAUCGGCCAGCAGAACAACACGUCCAUCUACCGCGUGGCCGAGGUCAUUGGGGUCUAUGAGACCGCCAAGAUUUACACCUUGGGCAAGACCAAAACUAAUAAGGGGUUGAGGGUGAGACACGGCAACCAGGAGCGGGUGUUCCGACUGGAGUUCGUAUCCAAUCAAGAGUUUACAGAUAGUGAGUACCACAAGUGGCUGGAGGCAAGCGCCGCCGCCGGCAACGAGUUGCCAUCCAAAAGCAAGGUCGAACAAAAGAUCGCCGACAUCAAGGAGGCGAUCACGUACGAGUUCAACGAACAAGACGUCGAACGAAUUCUGCGGGAGAAGGAACGGUUCAAGUCCAACCCCCACAAUUAUGCGAUGAAGAAGACGCAGCUGAUGAAGGAGAGAGACGCAGCCCUAUGCCGAGGCGACGAAGAGACUGCCCGCGAGUAUGCUCAGAAGCUGUCGGAGCUGGAGGAGCGUGCCUCAGAGCUGGACAAGCUGCGCACCUCCACCAUUUCCAGUAUAUCAUACAUCAACGAUCGUAACAGGAAGAAGAACGUGGAGGAGGCUGAGAAGGCCAUCAUGGCCGAAGUUCGUGCCAAUAAAGGAAAGAAGGUUGCUGAUCCCUUCACCAGGAGGUCAACCAAACCAACAAUGCACUUCAAAGCCAGCGACAAAGACGACAAGUCUGACCAAGUCCUGGAUUUGGUGCCCGAAGAUGCCCCCUUAGAAACUGAGAAUCCCAUGCCCCCACCGAAGCCAGUGCAAGUGUCGUCGGACGACUUGUUCUCCGCUCAUGACUUUGAUAUUAAAAUAGACUUAGAAGUUCCUUUACCUGAAACACCUAUAAAUGUGAUUCCGAAAUUAUCCACGAGAGCCCCGAGACGAAGCUUGAAUCUCCAAGACUACAAGAAAAAGCGAGGACUUAUUUAGUAUUAGUACACAUAAUUGUUUAUAAACUUUACUGACUAAUUGAUUAAUAAGACUAGUUUCUGAACGGUGUCAGUAAUGCAUGAUUGUGACUUAAGUGAUGAUUUAACAUUGGAAAUUGUUUUAUAUUGUAAUUUAUUUAUUGUUAUCGUAAACAAUGCCAAGAUUUUUUGUAUUGAAGGAAUUUUAGUGUAUGUAUAGUAUUUUCUAUCAUGUUUUUUCCAUACAUAAACCGUACCAUUGUGUAGGGCAAGUUUUAUUUUUAUGAAAUAAAUUAUAAUUUUCAUUUUA